AUGAAUGAUCUCAUGACACAAUCAUUCUUAAGUUAUGUGGAACUGAAGAAACAGGCCCAGAAGGACCUUGAAGCAGAUCUUGAUUUUGAAGCAGGCCAACUCAACCACACUGAGGAACAUAACCUCUCUCAGUUUUUUCAAGAAGUUGGAGUAAUUAAGGGUGAAAUGGAAGAGAUAACCAAUCUCUUAUUUGAUCUUCAACACUUGAAUGAAGAGACAAAGUCAACCCACAGUGCUAAAGUUCUUCGAGGGCUAAGAGACCGAAUGGACUCAGACAUGGUUGCAGUUCUCAGAAAAGCCAUGAUUGUUAAGGCAAGGCUAGAAGCGCUUGAUCGAUCCAAUGUGACCAAUCGCAGGGUCUCAGAAGCAUAUAAAGAGGGAAGUCCGGUUGACAGGACAAGGAUAUCUGUAACAAAUGGUUUGAGAGUCAAACUUAAGGAAAUGAUGAAUGAUUUCCAAUCCUUGAGAGAGAAUAUUCUUUCAGAUCAUAAGGAAGAUCUCAAGAGGAGGUACUAUACUGCAACCGGCGAACUACCAAGCGAGGAGGUUAUUGAAAAGAUGGUUUCAGGGGCUGUGAAAGUUCAACUAUUUGAAGAGAAAACCGAGACGAAUUUGAGGAGUAAAGAGAGGCAUGAAGCUGUGAUGGGUAUUCAGAGGAGCUUGAACAAGCUUCAUCAGGUCUUCAUUGACAUGGCCAUUAUGGUUGAGACACAAGGGGAAAAGAUUGAUGAUAUCGAAGAGAACUUGGCCAAUGUGGGUAGCUUUAUCAAUGGUGGAACUAACAGUCUUUACUAUGCCAAUCAAAUGAAGAAGAAGAACAAGAAAUGGGCUUUAUGGGUUUGUGUUGUGCUGCUGAUUAUACUGUUAGUGUGCAUCAUUUCUAUGCUAGCUUCUUGAAGGGAAAAGGUCAGAAAAUCAUUUGUAGACUGCAAAGCGGCUCAUGGUUUCUGACGCCUAAGUGAGGGGGGUUUUCUGUUUAACUUAAUCUCUAAUUAAGCUGUUCUGAGCGCUCAUAGUCUCAUAGAGGGGUUGUUUUCUUUUUGCUGCUUUAAUGGAUUUUGGCUUGUUAGAUAUCAUUUUACCAUUUUGGUAUAAUGAUUCCUGUAUGCUGUUGUGUUCGCUUAACUGGUGGCAAGAUUUAAUGAGAAAUAGAUUUUCUAAAUUGAAUUGAUUAAA